AUGGGGUCUUCCUUCGCAUGGCUGCUUUCCCUGUGCUCCCUGCUGCUGGCUGCUGCUGACAGCCCAGCAGAGCCCACCUUGCCCGCAAUGGUUGCGAGGAUCAUCGCCGGCGAUUUUGAGAACAACUUCUUCACGGGCGACUUCCUCAAGGCGAGGCCUGCCAACGAGAAGGAGGAGGUCGGAGCUUGCCUUCUUGACAAGGUGGGCGCCAUCGUGACGGAGAAUGGAGUGGAGCAGUUCUUGAACGAGCUUCAGGUCGAUGCGGCAGCGUGCUGCACCAAGGACCGACAGGACUGCGUCAAGGACAUCACGAAGCCGUAUGCCUUGCUGACGUCCAUCCGACAGAACCACGCCGAUGCGAAGACCACCGCGCCAAAGGUGGCUGCCAUGCUCCUGCGCGCCGUCGAGAGCCGCCUCGGGUCGGACAAGGUGAACCCGAGCCACUCCCACUUCUUCGGGAAGUGCAAGGACAUCGAGAAUUGCACAAUGCCUGCCCUCGGCGCAAGCACGAUGGACUUGUAA